AUGUCUAAUGACUCCAUCUCGGUUACACCACUGGAGCGCGUCAGCGCCAACUUGCAGCUGCGAUGCCACAGAUGGUUGCGUAGGUGGCUUACUUUGAUUGGCCAUUGUAGGUUAGAAAUUCGCUAUCGCGUUCCAACCUGUCCUAUAGUGAGUUGUUCUUGGGCUUCGGGAAUUUUACCAUUUUGUCAAGGUACAAAAUUAAACAAAAACCCUCUUCAAUUCCAAUACAAAUCACCAUUAUAA